UGUUGUUAUUUUGUUAUACUUUUAAAGAUAGGCCAUUGGCGUCAGGUUUUGCGUAACCUCAGGUUUUAUAUAACAGUGUUUUACACGUCAUGUCGUAUAAUGAGUACUAGUACCCCAUUGAACAAACGUUUUAUACACAAUUUAUGACGUACCUCAGUGUAUAAACAUGUCAUACACGUCAUAUGCUUUUAUUCUGUUCCCCAGUGUACAAUAGUAUGAAACACCUCAUGUAAUUUCAUGAUAUAUCUGGGGAACGGGUGGCCAGAAUUGGCUGUGCUGAGUUGCCUCCCUUAGGUGCGCCAGAAACCUAAUAUCGUGUUCGAAUCCGGUUCGCCCUGAGUAUGUUUCAAGGUUUGUCAGCACCGUACCCGUGUUCGUGGGUUUCACCAAAGUGGUAAACGUCUGAGACCUGUAUCCAUUGUGGGCUUUCCUCCCACAUCAAGCUUACACGCCGUUAUAUAAUAGAAUAUUGUUCACAUCCGCGUUAAAUACAAUUCACUUCCUUAAUAAUAUACCACAGUCGGCAUACGCAUGUAGGAUAUGGUGUUAAACAAUGACCAUAUUUAUUGUGCUGUAACAAGACACCAUUUUAUACAGAUAUAUGAAAGGGAUGAUGAUAAAUCAAUUUCUCUGUAAUCACGAUAAACAUUAUCACCGCCGUAACCAUACAAUGAGGAAAAUAUGAUUUUCAUCCGGCGAGAUAAUCUCAAUAUUUUAUCAUCACGUCUACCCUGUUCUGCUUUUAUAAAUGUGAAAUCGUGAAUAGGGUGUUAACAAGCGCCCACAGUCGCAGUGACACAACGCGAGAAGUAAAACGGAUAUCAACGUUGUCCCUCCUGGGUGGGGCCUGUUUAUCAGUCAGUGUUGGUAAUAAAUAACUCACUUUCAAUACCAACUCAGCCACGAGGAAAUGCACUCACUGUUUUGCUGUAGCGUUUGUUAAAAGUGUUUACUGCAUCGCUGUCACUGCAUGAGACACGAUCAAGAUUGGUCAGCAAGAUGGAAACUGAUGUAAAGGACGACCAUAUAAAACCUCCUGAGAGAUCUCCAGGUGGUUCAAUGGAGGUUCCUGACUCGGCUAACAAGAUGAAGCUGAAGGAGUCCAAUGGGACGGGGGGCAAGAAGGUGGUGAAGGGGAAGGCCAAGCCCCUGUAUUUCUGGUCCAGUGCCGAUGUCAACAAGUGGCUGCGGAAACAUGGAGGGCAGUGUUUUGAUCUGUAUGGGGAACUCUUCAGUGAGCAUGACGUGACAGGGAGGACACUGAUCAGGAUGAAUGAGAUAAAACUAGAGAAGAUCGGAAUUACGAGUAAUGACCACAGGAAAGACUUGAUGCAGCAUAUUCUCCGGUUGAGGCUUAAGCAUGAACUGACUGAUUUGAAGAAUCUGGACCAGAAAGGAUCAGGGUUUGAGCUGAAGCUGCCAGAGCCUCGACUGCAGCCAGAGAAACAUGACAAAUCCACAAAAUUGACACCAACAGGAAUCAAGUAGCAUCUAGACUGUGCUAUCAGACUCUGGAUACAGUUGACAAGGAUGGGGCACACAAUAGACUUCUUCUCAUCUGUCCGGCAUGACCACAGACCUAUCAGCGGAGGAUACUGUCUUCCAAACUGGAAGGCCUGUGAGCAGAGAAGAGCCAAUGUAUUUCAGUCACUGUGUUAUAAUAGGACAUCAGCCCCAGGAAUUACCGUACUGAGAGGUUUUCAGCAGGUCAAGUAUUACUGAUGCUAAAUAUAGUGUCAGUUGUAGCUAUGGUAACCAAUCAUGAUAUGAGGUCAAAGUCAUUGUGAUGGUUACUGAUGCUGACUAUGCAGAAGACAAAUCAAUGAUUUGGAUAUGCACCCAUUUCCAUGGUAACUGAUGCUGAAUACAGUGCACAGAUAGCUUGAUAUCACUAUGGUUACUGAUGCUGCAGAUGUAAGGAAGAAUGUCUAGAUAUCGCUAUGGUUACUGCGGAUGCAAAUGUAGAAAGAAAGAAGAGCCAGUUGCUAUGGUUACCAAUGCUGCCUAUGAUGGAAGAAAGAGCUAGAUAUUGCUAUAGUUACUGCUGCUGCUGCAAGCUAGUAGGCUGUGGAGGAACUUUCCGUUAUUGGUAUGCUGUGUGUUACUGAUGCUACUAUAUAUUGUGGCUUAUAAAAGGGGUAGCAUUGGCCACCCAACCAUAACCAAAAUAAUUGCUCCGGGCAAUGGAAUGUAACCUUGGAAACGUCUCUCUGUGCAAAUCUGUGGUGUUGUGACCAGUUUGGAGUCU